AUGGCCGGCUCCUCGUGCUACUUCGACACCAAGUCGACGUCCAACCCAGCAACCUCCAUCUACUCACCUCAGUCGUCUGGCGCAGUGCGUCACCCGCAGAGCUUCCUCUCCCCGAACCUCCUCCCCAACGGCUUUAACGGCGCCAACGGCUCAAACUACCAACCCGGUGUCAACCCCUACGAGCCGAGGUCCAUGGCGUUUUCGCCGACGAACCUAGAUCAAGUCGUCGGUCUCAAUCCCGCCGUCGGAAGGGUAUCAACAAACGGCAUGCCUCACCCACGGUCCGUUUCGGCCGAUGCAGCCUCGGCUCCAGCGUCAGCACACAUCAUUCGCAAACUCGCCCAGCAAAAUGCACGCAUUCGAGAGGCCUGGGAAGCGGAGCGCAAGUACAUGGAAGCCAACCGCGAGCGAGUCGAAGAGGUUUACAAGGAGGAGCGCGUCAUUAUGGAAGAGGAGCGUUCCGCCUGGGAUGCAGAGAAGACGGACCUGCUGGAGCAAAUUCGCCUAUUGAAGCAACAAGUCGCGCUGAUCGAAGGCGACAAGAACCGGCUGCAAGGAGCGCUGCACCGCUACGAGCUAGAGAGGGCAGGCAAAGUUGCCGGCGUCACUGUUGCAAUUUCAGGAACAGGAACAAGAACAAGCGGCGGUGGGGCCGAGUGCCCCACAGAAGUUUCCUUCCCAGGUUUCUCCUCGCACCCCAAUGACGCGCGGUUCGGCCUCUCUCACGGCACUCACACUGGCGAGCCAAGGCCAACAAACGGCUCUGCCUCAGCCUCCAUUUCGCCGGCCCAAGUCCGAUCUCACUUUAUUAGCCCCGGCAGUUCCAGGAUUUCUCCCACAAGACAACCAGAGUCUUCGCCAUUCAUCCCCCUCAACCCCAAUAUGCAGCCCACCACAAGCAACGCCGUCGACUUCCUUGCUUCUCCCAAAGAUGAGGAACCGGUUCCCAUCGUCGACAUCCAGAUUAUCAAUCCUCAACUUGAAGGUGUUCCUCUGAAGGUGCCUGCCAUUGAGAAGCCUACCUUUACCGACUUUGGCGUCACCCCGGAAAACUCCAAGAACUCAUCUCGGAAUGUGUCGCCUCCCGGAGAGCCUGGCAAGGCAAGCCGCAGCAGCCCCUCCAAGGAGCAAACCAUGCAAGUUCUCGCGGCGCCCGAGACUGACAGGCUCGUAAUGCACGCCGGCCACACUCCUAGUCACUCGUUGUCUCACUUGGGAACUGCGCCUGGCACUGAGGUUCCCACUGCUGCUGAUGGUACCGGUGGUUCUACUCCUACUCUGGCUCCGACGGACAUGAGCUCCAACCCAGCAACCCUCUGUGACGUCAGGGCUAGAGGCGAGUCGUCCGAUGUCAAGGAUGACGUUUUCGGGGACGACUACGAGGAGUAUCCCAUGGAGGCAACGGACGACACUGGAUUGAAGGGCCCUUUGAUGAUCCGCAACAUUCCGGCUCACGACGAAAUCUUCUUCCGCCGCUUGUCUGAGAAGCUGGAGGACGUUAGUCGCGGCGAGGACGCCCUGCCAACCUGUAUGAGGGAUUCGACCGAUGAUCUCCUGGCUGGCUCCUCGGAGCAGAAAGAAAACAACCUCGGUGCCAAGGCUGACACCGACGCGGCCAGCGACAUUGGCUCUACGAUCGACAAAGACGACGACUCCGAGUCUCAGCCAAAGAUCGAAGAGGUCGACAUUCCUCUGAAGCUUAAGAAGAGCACCAACUUUGGCGCGCCUCUGGGCUCCAUGUUCUAA